AUGGCUUUUUUUUGGAGGAAACAGAGAGAGCGUAAAAUUAGCAACGAGCCGUACCACGGCCUAAAAGUGCUAGUUCCUAGACCAGAGAGUUCAGGCCCAGAGCCCGUGGUAGAUGUCGUCUUUGUCCAUGGGUUGAACGGUGACUGUAUCAAGACAUGGAAGCAUGCAGAUGCCGAAGUACCUUGGAUUAUGGACAAGCGCUUCUUGGGAGACCUCUACGAUCGGGCUCGCAUCAUGACCUUUGGCUAUAACGCCAACGUACUUGAAAAUGUCACCACAAGUCGGGUCCUUGAUCAUGCGAAUGACCUACUAGAAGCAAUCUAUGCUCGCCGUGUCAGAUGCGAGGGGAGGCCGAUAGUUUUUGUCGCACAUAGCUUAGGCGGCCUCGUGGUGAAACAGGCCAUGAUCCUAUGCCAUGACGACGAUCGCUAUGCAGAUAUUAAUACCGCAGCAGGCGGUUUGAUAUUCAUGGGAACACCUCACGAGGGCUCUAGUCAGGCCUCGCUGCUAGGAACGAUCCAGAAUAUUGCAUCGUUUGCCACGAUGGGACAGAACAAGACGGCCUUGACACAGGAGCUUCAAACCUAUUCAGCCACGACAAUGAGUAUCAACAAGUCCUUUAUGCGAAAUGCAUCACGAUCCCGGGAAAUUGUGUGUUUUCACGAGACUUUACCUACCAGACUUCCACAGGGAGAGCGGAUGAUCGUGGAGCCAGGAUCGGCAGUAAUUAACGGCAACAACGCCAGAAACAUCGGCAUGGCAUGUAACCACCAGGAACUAUGCAAGUUCAAAUCUUCCGAAGAAGGUCGCUUCGAGUCGAUCUUCUGGCCCCAGUUUGAGAUGGUGGUGGAGAAUGCAACUCAGUAUCAAAGCAAGAUUUUGACAAAAAAGCUACGAGAGCUGCUUCCAUAUGCUGAUCAAGCUCAAUACGACUCGCGCGACCACGAAAAUGAGGAUCUCUGCCUUUUAGGCACCAGGACCGAACUUUGUUCUCAAGUUUCGGAGUGGGCCGAGUCACCAGGCAGCAAGAAUAUAUUCUGGUUGAAUGGGAUCGCGGGAACAGGGAAAUCCACCAUCGCCCGGACAGUUGCAACGUCGUUCAAAGACAAGGGGCAGCUUGGUGCCACGUUCUUUUUUAAGAGAGGCAGAGCUGAUUGCGGUAACGCGAAAUACUUGAUAUCAACCAUCACACGACAGGUGGUAGCCAAACAUCAACGGCUGGCCCGCGAUGUUUUGAACGCAAUCGACGAUGACCCGGAUAUUUUAUCGAAAUUUCUGAGCGUACAAUUCGACAAGCUUCUUCUUCAGCCUCUGCGCAAGUUGGAUUCGUCAAUUCGACCUACAACAAUUGUGAUAAAAGAAUCGAUCAUUGCCCGAUGA